CGUUUCGACUCAAAUGAGGCAAGAUUCACGGCUCACUUGGGGGGAGGGAGAGGCGCCGGUCACUUUAGUCUUUGUGGGCGGCGUGAGUGCUGUGGGUGGCGGUGCUAGGGUGGCAGUAUUGAGGCCAUGAGGGCGGCUCUUCUUUUCGUGGUGCUGGCGGUGAGUUCCCGGGGGUUGAGUCUGGCUCUUCACACUUCUGUAGUACUUGAAGCGACUCAGAACGCUCCUCCUAACACCCUGUACGCCCACACCCACGACAACGUUUUCGGGUAUAUCCACCACGCCCACGCCACCACUGCCACCAUCCACGAUCACCCUCCAGUCAAGCCCGCUAGUAUCCUGGAGUACCCUUCAGUAGACUACCAAGGGCGUGUGGUGCAGGCGCCUUCCCAACCGUCGCCUCUUGCGGGAUCUCAGACGCAUCUAGGCAGUGACCCCAGCGUGUCCCCUUACUGGGCUGACCCUGACGGACGCCCCCCCUCCCAGCCUCCCUCCGUGUUGCCCGACGACCUGCUGCCCAACACCCCGACCUGCAGGGAUGUCCCGGUCGCCUGCAACGCCUCCUCCAACUUUCGCACGAUCACAGGGCGCUGCAACAACCUCCUCAACCCCCACCUGGGCACCUCGGGGCAGCCCAUGAGUCGUGUCCUGCCGCCAGUCUUCGACUCCGCAUGGAUGAGAAUACUGUCAGCGGGCGGGGGACUGCUGCCCAACCCUCGCCGCGUGUCCCUGCAGGUGAGGGAGGUGCCGCCCAACCCCGCCACCUCCCACAACCUCCUCCUGAUGCAGCUGGGUCAGUUUGUGGACCACGACCUGAGUGUGGUGCCGACGCUCAAAGGGCGCACGCAGGGGCCAGAGAGGCGCUGUGAGGACUGUGACUCGUGGAGGGACCGACACUGUGCACCCAUCCCUAUCCCUUCAGACGACCCGCACCUCCAGCAGCACGAUAUCUACAACCAGCGUCUGUGCUUGCCCUUCGUCAGGAGCGAGGCAGUGGGCGGGCAUGACUCCCUGGGGCGCCCAUCCAUCGAGCAGGUGUCCCUCAACACUGCCUUCCUCGACCUGUCUACGGUGUACGGGAGCGACCACUGCCGGGAGAGGGAGCUGCGGCUGCACUCCUACGGGAUGCUCAUCGAGGUGCGGCAGUUCGGUGACCUUGGUGGCUUCCCCGUCAUGAAAGAGGGCAAGGCCUUCGAGGAAUGCAGGACUGAGGAGGAUAAGUGUUUCUUUGUCGGGGAUGCGAGGAGCAACGAGCACCUGAGCCUGACGGUGAUGCACGUGACGUUCUUCCGGGAGCACAACAGACUGGCGCGGCAGCUGGGGAAUCUCAACCCGCACUGGGACGACGAGCGCAUCUACCAGGAGGCGCGCCGCGUCAACAUAGCGCAGUACCAGCACAUUGUAUACAGCCAGUUCCUCCCGGAGCUACUUGGCUCCAUCAAGACGAAGGACUACCGCCUGCAGCCAGAGACCUCGGGCUACUACAAGGAGUACGACAGCAGCGCCGACCCGUCCAUCCUCAACGAGUUCUCCACGGCGGCCUUCAGAGUGGGACACACCAUGGUGACUGACGACCUUCUGCUCCUGAACUCCAAGUACCUCCCCGUGGCCUCCGUGCCCCUCGUGCUGACCUUCCACAACACUUCAAUGGCCCUGCUGCCGGACAUGUGUGACCAAGUUCUGCGGGGUCUGAUGGGCACGGGACUCCAGGCUGUGGAUCUCCACCUGGUGGCCUCUCUCGUGGACAGACUGUUCGAGGGCAGCCACAUCCCGGGGCAGGACCUCUUCGCCAGGAACAUUGCGAGAGGGCGGGAGCACGGCCUGCCGCCCUACGUGAAGUACCGGGAGGCGUGCGGCGGCCCCGUCACCACCACCUUUGACGACCUGCUGAGCGCCAUGCCCCGCCAGGCCGUGCACGCCCUCAGCAAAGCCUACGCCAAGGUGGAGGAUGUGGAUUUGUUUGUGGGAGGCCUGGCGGAGUACCCAGUGUCAGGGGGUCUGGUGGGGCCAACCUUCGCCUGCCUCAUUGGGUACCAGUUCUUCAACCUGAGGCGAGGAGACAGGUUCUGGUAUGAGAACGUGGAUGCAGGUUUCAGUUCCUCCCAGCUGCGCGCCAUUCGUAGCUCCUCCUCCCUGGGGCGUGUGCUGUGUGACAACCUGGACGAGAAGAAUGAGAGGGUGCCCGCCAGCGUGUUCCACCGGCCGGCUCAGAGAGGGAAUCCUCUGGUGCCGUGUAAUCACCUCACGCCCUUGGACCUGGCGCCGUGGAAGGAGUACCACAGCAAGGAGCUGGUGGACUGCGAGUACCUGGGCCACACCUACGCUUACGGGCGGCCGGUGCACGUCUCCCACUGCCUCUCCUGCCGCUGCCACGAUGGAGGACUGCUGCGGUGCCAGCCUCACCUGUCCGGCUGCCAACACCCCGAGCAUGACGAGCACUGCCGACUUGUUUGCUGAGGCCGGACUGCUGCAGGAGGAGGUCGUGGAGUACUUGGAGAGAGCACCAGCGUUUUAAGUGUCAAGAUAAUGAGUAGUGAACAUGGAGAUAGCCAAAAUAGGUAGCAAACGUGGAGUAUUGUCGAAAAAUGGAGAUAAAAGUCAGAACGAGUAGCAAAAUUGGAGCUGAAGUAUCGAAAUGAGUACUUAUCUGCCUCCAUUCGUUGUCAAAGUUUGUCACUGUAACGUUGAAACAAAUAUUCGAUUCCGGAAACUCAGUGACGAUGAAUAUUUUUGGGAAUUUCCAUAUACGUUUGUAAAUAAGAUUAGGUAAUGAACUUGUGAAUUGUCUGGCAAAACGCUUCUAAUCUAGCUGGUGUUCCUGUUCAUUGAUAUUAUUAAAUUUGUAAUAAAUACUGUUCGCGGAUUGGUGUCUUUAAGGCAGGUGGUGGCGUGGCUGAGAUGAGGAGGAAAGAUGGUCAGAAUUUUGUCAGAUUGUUGUAAUGAAGAAACCGUAACACUGAAGCACUGAACUGGGAAAACUUGUAGUGAUGAUCAGCAAACCUCAACACCUGUGAUAGCAUCAACAUUGUGGCGUUGUCAAGUAAUCGCCUCAAAACUUUUUUUGUCUUACACUUUCGACCCAUUAAAAUAUUCCAUCAACA